ACAGGUUGACGGUAAAAAAAAAAGUCCAAAUUGUGCAUAUCAGCAUUUUUUUUUACAUUGUGUAGAAUUCAUCUGUAAAAUAUGACAGUUUUACACAAAUUUGCCAAUAUUUUCACUGUACUUAAUGCAGCACUAUUAAACCUUUAAUUCUAUAUUGGCAUCCUUUCUGGCAGAUUUUCAGUUUGUUUUUUUUUUUUACAAUUUUUCAAAUAUAAUGAAGCUGUAUUGGCAUUAUGUCCAACACUACAUUAAUAUGAUUAAACAACACUGAUUAAAUACAACAGACUGCCAGAAAACAAAUGCACUUUACAGUCCAUUUCCUCGGCUCUCCCUGUGAGGCUGCGGUCUUGUGUAGUGAAGACAGAAAAAAAAACCUCCAUCAACUCACAGGUGAACAGAGCGUCUCUGCUCUGCUCCAGUCCGCUGCUGCUGCUUUCAGACAAACAACAGCGGAGGAAACCUCACGACUCUCCACCGUUCAUCACAACCGACCGUCUGACUCCUCAACACGUUUCCCGAAUGGACCAAAAUCUCCCGAUCUGACCUGAAAAUCUGCGAAGGGACGAUGCGUGCAGCGGAGCAACAGAGGAACUCUUAAUAAAUGAACCAAGUGUCAAAAAGGAUUUCUCUCUCUCUCCGGGUUUCUUCUUGCUGGCGUGCGGGAAUAAUGCGUGCUUCACUGGACUUAUAAUCGCCCAGCGAAUUUUCCGUGCUGAUGAAACACUUUGUCAAUCCUUAUUUUUCUUUGCUUUACUGCAACCCAGUGAGAAACCUGCAAAACAUCAGCGCAGCGCAGAGCUGACGGACGCUCGCUUUGGCAUCUUGCCUUUGACUCAUUCCGCUUUUGCGUGCCUGCUUUUGUGAACACACAAUCCCUGCUCGUGUGACUUUUCCCCCCCUUCUUCUUCUGAAAGAGCGGCGGAUGCUCACAAUGUUUCCUGAUCAGUGUGCAUGAGUGAUAGCGACCAAACCGCACCAGGUGACGGAGCGACUGUCUGCGCGUUUGCACCUGUUCGGAUGGAUAAUGACAGUUUGUGCUACAGGUGAAUGAACAUCUGCCCAGUUUCUCCACACAGCGAGUGUUUUGAAGCUCUUUUCUGACUCUGGCAUUGAGUGUUGCACACUGACAAUGGAUCUCAAAGUGGAAACCGAGGAGAUGGACUCGAAUCAACCUCCACCCAUAGAAGUUUUUGCGCACAGCUCGACCCUGCACGGAAUCUCUCACAUCUUCACAUACGAGCGCUUCUGCAUCAAACGCUGCCUCUGGGUCGUGUUCUUCCUGGGUUCCCUCACCUUCUUGCUGUACGUGUGCGUGGACCGGAUCCACUUCUACCUCGAGUACCCGCACGUCACCAAACUGGAUGAGGUCACGACCCCGAUCAUGACGUUCCCCGCGGUCACUUUCUGCAACCUGAACGCGUUCCGGUUCAGCCGGGUGACGCGCAACGACCUGUACCAUGCAGGGGAGCUGCUGGCCCUGCUCAACCAGAGGUAUGAGAUCAGGGACAUACACCUCGUGGAGGAGAGCGUUCUGGAGAGCCUGAAGGUCAAAGCCGACUUCCACAAUUUCAAGCCGCGACCCUUCAACAUGCGCGAAUUCUACGACCGCACCGGCCACGACAUCAACGACAUGCUGCUGUCCUGCCACUUCCACGGCACCGAGUGCAGAGCAGAGGACUUCAAAGUGGUCUUCACUCGCUAUGGGAAAUGUUACACCUUUAAUGCCGGCGGUGAUGGACGCCCUCCCCUCAUCACCACCAAGGGAGGGAUGGGUAAUGGGCUGGAGCUCAUGCUGGACAUUCAGCAGGAUGAAUACCUGCCAGUCUGGGGAGAAACAGAUGAAACUUCCUUUGAAGCCGGAGUCAAAGUUCAGAUCCACAGUCAGGACGAGCCGUCCUUUAUUGACCAGCUCGGGUUCGGAGUGGCACCCGGCUUCCAGACGUUUGUUUCCUGCCAGGAACAGAGGCUCAUAUAUUUGCCUCCACCCUGGGGAGACUGCAAGGUGACGCCUAUGAAUUCAGACUUCUUUGAUAGUUACAGCAUCACAGCCUGUCGCAUCGACUGUGAAACGCGCUACCUGGUGGACAACUGCAACUGCCGCAUGGUGCACAUGCCUGGCGAUGCACCCUACUGCACCCCGGAGCUGUACAAAGAAUGUGCUGACCCAGCUCUCGAUUUCCUGGUAGAAAGAGACAAUGAUUUCUGUGUGUGUGAGACUCCAUGCAACAUGACCAGAUACAGCAAAGAGCUGUCCUUCGUCAAGAUCCCCAGCAAGGCCUCAGCCAAAUAUCUAGCAAAGAAAUACAACAAAUCUGAGCAGUAUAUUAAGGAGAACAUCCUAGUUUUAGACAUCUUCUUUGAGGCUCUCAACUAUGAAACCAUUGAGCAGAAGAAAGCGUACGAAGUGGCCGGACUUUUAGGUGAUAUUGGAGGUCAGAUGGGGCUAUUUAUUGGGGCGAGCAUACUGACUAUUCUGGAGAUAUUUGACUACCUUUAUGAGGUGAUAAAGUACAAGCUGUGUCGCUGCUCCGAUAAGAAGCACAAGCACAACAACAACAACGACCAGACGACGGUCCUGAGCUUAGAUGACGUCAAGUGUCACGUCAGUAACUUUCACUAGGCUUCUGCAGCCGUGGGCAGAGAGCCGCUGCACUCUCUUGUGUCUCAGCAGCUUCGUGGACUUUGUUCAUUGCACUUUGCCCGACUGCUGGAACAGCAGAGGAGGUGUGUGAACUGUGCCUGAUUUAAGGUUUUAUGAGCGUCGAGGUGAACAAAGUCGUGUGGCUCAAGCAAGUGGACGAGCCACACGGGACAGCAGGGCAUCAGAAACCAGUGAUCAACAUGUGAUGAAUUCAAAAACGUUAGAAUAACUGCAUGGUCAUCUGUAAACACCUUUUCAAGACAUAGUAACAGAUACAGUUAAAUGAGGGCAUGAACUAAACACAGGUUCAGGUGUGCGGUGGUGUUUGUCUUCUGUCGGGUUGACAGAGCUUUUAUGUCAAAUAACCAAUUAUUUGCAGAAAGUUUUAUCUCCAUUCUGCUUUUCACUUUUACCCUUUGGCAUUUGUUGACUUUUACCCGCUUUUUCACCACCUCCAUCUUCAGAACGUCUUCCUUCAUUAAACUCAGUGCAUUCUGCCAGUAUACUGUACUACCUCAUCUUGUAGGGCAACGAAUAAAGAAUUUAUGAGCCGAGAAAAAACUAACGCAGCAGCAAUUUUCAUGUAGAAAAAAACAGGUCGUUUUCACUGAGGCAUUUUCACGUGUCACAGUGGGAAGAGCACGCUGUGGCACCAUCAGAGCUCGAUAAUGUCAUUUGGUUUUCCUACUAUUACAAGUGCAAAUGUCUGCUGUGGAAGAGGCCUGUUAUGGUAAAUAUUUGGUGUAACAAAGCCAGAAGUAGGAAGCCAUUAAGUCAAAAACUGACUCAGUAUUCUGCUAACAUUAACCACCAUAAGCCACAGGUCAUAUGAGUGCAAAAAAAAAGGAUGAAGCAGCAAAAAUCCCUGAAUAUGCUGAAUUGAAUUUUUGAAAAGUCAGCGUAUUGGCUUUCUGGCAGACAGUUUCAUGAGGAGACUGAUACCGCUCUCAUAUCUGUAAGUUAAAUAUAAAAGCACAGCCUUUUGUUAGCUUAGUUUGGCAGGGCCUGGUCUUGUAAUACGAUUCCAGCUGGAGGGGGAGAAAUAUUGAGGAUUGUUCCCGAUCUACAUUUUAAAGUUUGUCACAGAUAUCAAGUGCACACGUUAGAUUUAGAUUUACACUGCUCCUUCUGCACUGAACAGCUGAUACACUGAGGCAGUGGAUCCAGACAUUUUGAUGUCAGAAAAACAGCUGCCACUGUCGCCCCAUUACAUAACACUAAAGCCACAAAAUCUGACAGCAGCCAGAUUCAGUUUUAUGAAAGGACAAAGCAGGUGAGCAUCUGUUUAACAUCUGUUUCUGUCAUGGACUCUGUGUUCCUGACUCCCUGUCAAUCUAAAAAUGAGCAAAGAGGUGGAUCAUAGAUAAUUCUUUCACAGUGACAACCUGUCACUCAAAGCAGCCACACAUAUGAUGACCCAGAACUUUAAACCUCUAUACAAUUUAAACAGCUGAGUUUUUUUUUUAAAUUUACCCCCAGUACAGUUUUUCUGAACAGAGAACUUAGCUAUAGAGGCCAGAACAGUUUUUUGUACCGGGCUGUAAACAUGUUUGUUUGUACUGUAUAUCUGGGCAUUUUAACAUGGGGGUCUAUGGGGAUCGACUCACUUUUGGGCUGAGCAUCAAGUGGCCAUUUGAGGAACUGCAGUAACUGGCACAUAGGCUUUAUUUUACAGCUCUGGAGGUCGUCACUUGGUGUCAGUGACAUGUAGCAGAUGAACAAACCUCUACAAGCCUACACAUUUUUUUAAUGCUGAAGUUUAUGAGCAUCUGAAUCUUCUCUGCACAGAAUUUUGCAUAAAUAAGGAGACAAACAAAAUUAAAAUAUAUGUUGUAUCAUAAAACAACCAUAAGUGAAGUCUCAGAUUAACAACGACUGUUACUCAGCACACAACAGAAACGGUUUGAAAUGUGCCAAAAGUAUUCAUAAUAAUAUUAUUGCAAUAUCUAUGGGGAAAAAAAUGUGUUUCACUCAAAAUACAAUGGUAGGAAAGUGGAGAGAGUCUGCAACAAUAACUGUACUGUAUGUUGUUUUAAUGUGGGAGUAUUAUUUGCAUUAUUAUCAUAUGUGUAUUAUUCACAUAACUGUGUGAUACGUAACAUAAUUGUGUAUUUAAUGCAAUGCGUGUAGAAAUAUUCAUCAACGGGUGCCUCAUCUAAGACCUCAGAGUUUAGUACAAAGACUUCCUCUGUCUAGGUAAGGUGAAGCAAGUUCAUAUUUGUAGCACAUUACAGAUACCAAAGCAAUUUAAAGUGAUUCACACAAUGUAUUAAAAUGUUUAACAAAAAAAACAAUCUCAUUUAAGUUCAACCAAUAGAAAAAUAAAAGAUCCGAUAUAAAAUAAUUAAAAGUAGACCCAGUAUAGACAAGUUAAACUAGAUUUUAUGGGGUACAUAAAGUGGCGCAAUAAUUGAAAGUGCUGUUUCUAAGGAAAAUGAAAUACUCCUCUCGAAAUUAUUUAAUCCAUAUAAAACAAUAGUAAAACUAUUAAAUCACUGUUUUACAGAUAACAGCCAACAAGACUCCAGGAAGGCACUUAACCAGGCCAAGAUAUAGUCUGACACAUAUUAAACAAAAUAUAGGCUUUAUAAGGUGAUGCUUUGAGGUGCAGAUUGUUUACAGUCUUUAUUCUAAGCUAAGCUAUCUUCAUAUUUAAAGCAACAAGCAUAAGAGUGGUAUCAGUCUUCUCAUCUAAUCCUCCACUAAAAAGCAUGUAUUUCCUUCUCUGCAUUAAAACACAGAGUAUUUUUGGGGGGGGAAAAACAUGCAGUAAACGAGGUAUAAGCAACGAAAAUUUAAUGUACAUAAAUUAGUUUAUGAACAAAAAUUACAUAAUGUAUGAUUUACCUCCAAAUUCAGUCACUGCAGGUCUCAGUAUAAAUAAAACCUGGAAAGUCUCGUACAUGUUCACAUGCUGUUCAUCCCAUUUAAGGGAAUUUCCCUUCAGUUGUGUUAACAUACUGAGGUCACACCAAUGAGGAUGAAUAUGCUAAAUGUGCUUUUCCAUCUUGUGGGGCUCUGACUUGCAUGUAGCUCUGUACAGCUGGCAUCUUCAGUGCGGUGCGUCCACACUGCAGUCUGAGCCGUCAUCCGUCUGCGUCGGGUUGCACAUUGUAAACAAGUAUUUAUUUGAGCGUCUGUCUGUGGCUGAAAAGUGUUGCCGGAUGAUGGUGCCAAAUUCAGAAGCUUUUGAAGGAAAAACGCUGCCUUCAUAUCCAAACCGGUGUGUGUAAUAUCAGGUAAACAUGAGCUCUGGUGGUGCAUGUUUCAGAGUUUUUCCCCCGAAUGUGUUUACAAUAAUCAAGCCAUCUUAAACAUUCUGUUGCAGUUAAUCUGCGUGACUGAGCAGGAGAAGGAAACUGUAUAACGUGUAGCUGUGUAGUGUUACUAUCAAGCACAAUCAUGCCAUCAGCUGUAAUUUACUGUAAAUAUCGCAGUGACUGUGGAUAGUAAUCUUCAUGUACUAGCAUAGCCUGGUCUGUCUAAUGUUGUACUCGUUGGAUUCAGUUUUUCUGUACAUAUGAUUGUAGAUGGUUUAUUUAUCAGAAGUAUAUUUAUCAAAGACUAUACUAAAGUAAGAGGCAGUUUCUUUUUUGUCAGUAUUGCUACAGUCAGAGCUGCUGUACUCAUCAGCACAUCAAAAUAAACAGCCAGAUUGUUGUUCGUCUGCUGCAUGACGUCAUGCAUCUUUUAACAAGUCCUCCGCUGUGUUUUUGUUCUGGCCUCUAUUUUAAAAUUUUCAUUUGAGCUAUGAAAGGACGGUUGUUUUAGUCUGGUGAUGUAUAGGUGAAUAAUGAACUUGAAGCCGUUGUGAUAUUAAUGAUUAAACGCCAACUUUAUGUACCUUUUA